AUGCUCACAGGUAUACUCGUUGGUAUUUUACUCAUUUUGAUCGUCUCCUAUGGUUGGCACGUUCAUCGAGCCUACAGUUUCUUCACUCGUCUGAACAUUCCUGGUCCACCACCACGAUUUUUUUUCGGUAACCUCUUGGAAAUUUUCGAAACAAAACGUUUUUCAUUAAAGGUUCAAGAAUGGACGAAAAAAUAUGGCCGUAUAUUCGGUUAUUUUGAAGGACAUACACCCAUUCUUGUCAUCUCGGAUCCAGAUAUUUUACAAGAUGUAUUCAUCAAAUCAUUCUCUAGUUUUCCUUCGCGUCGCGAUUUUCCAUUCGAAGAUCGUCACGCAAAACAUGUUCAUCUAUUCGCCGCCAACGGUGUUCGUUGGAAACGACAACGAUUUGUCAUUAAUCCAACAUUUUCAUCAUUGAAACUCAAACAAAUGUCUCCACUAAUCAAUCGAUGUAUUGAUUCUUUCAUGGAAAAAUUAGCUGAACAACAUCGAUGUGAUCAACCAUUCGAUAUCUAUGCUUUUUUUAAACGUUUUACAAUGGAUACAAUUUGGUCAUGUGGAUUUGGUCUGGAUACUGACAUGCAGAAUAAUUCAAAUGAUCCGUAUCUUGUUCAAUCACAACGGGUGACAAACGAAGGGAAUAAUUUUACGCCACUUAUGAUCUUAUUUCUUUUAAUUACUGAACUCAAAUGGAUGUGGAAUGGACUUCAUCGAUGUGAUAGUUCUAUUCGAUAUUGGUUAACUAACUAUCUACCUAUAACACGAAGAUUUAUCAGUGAUGACCCCACGACGUGGUUAGAGAAUCAAGCUGAACAAUUGAUCAAGAAACGCGUUGAAUUAGGCUAUACAAAACGAAUGGAUCUAUUGCAAUUGAUGCUCGAAUCAGCCUCGGACGAUGAUUUCAUUCAAGACCAACCAACGUCCGCCGUUGCCAAUGCUGAAACGAUCAAUGAGAUACCGCUUGUUCGGAAACUGACCAAACAUGAAAUUGCUGCAAAUAUUCCUCUCUUCAUGUUCGCUGGCUAUGAGACGACGAGUACGGCACUGGGCUACAUUGCUUAUGUUCUGGCUACUCAUCCAAAUGAACAACAGAAAUUACAAGAGGAUAUCGAUGCUCAUUUUGAGUCAAAUACCGAACAGGACAUACCGAGCUACGAAUUGGUUGCCGAAAUGAGCUAUUUGGAUAUGUUCAUUCGAGAAACUCUUCGUAUGUAUCCAAUCACACAGACCAUUAUCAAUCGAAAGAAUAUCGAAGAGUUUUACAUUGAAAACGUUGGAACUAUUCCAGUUGGUACUAUUAUCACUGCCAGUAUUUAUGAUUUACAUUUUAAUCCGGAUCUUUGGGGUCCAGUCGAUCCGCAUAUAUUCUGUCCAGAACGAUUUGCUACAAAGCGACAUCCAUUAGCCUGGGUUCCAUUCGGUGCUGGGCCGCGAAAUUGUGUGGGAAUGCGAUUUGCAUUGAUGGAAAUCAAAGUACUACUUGCUAGACUUCUUAAAACCUAUUCGAUUAUUGAUUGUGGUCAACAAACACAUCAUUCAAUCGACGAACUCAACGAAACUUUUGUUAUUUUCCCUAAAAAUAUGAUUGUCCGCGUGCAACGCCGAGAUGAAACGACACAAUGA